AUGUUGUCUCGUGGAUUCAAGGAGGAUAAACAGACAUGGAAUUUUGAAAAUGACAAGGAUUAUUCUGUUAAAAUCGCUCAUCAUUUUCUUGGGGAUUUAAAAAGACUGAAACGGCCUGUCCCCUCUCAUCAUGUCAGUGGCCUUUGGAAGAAAGUGUGGAAAAUUCCGCUUGAGGCUAAGAUCAAAAACUUUAUCUGGAGAAUGGGCAGAGAUAUCCUUCCUACAAGAUGCAACCUUCAAAAUAAAGGUAUUGAUCUUGAUCCUUCUUGUCCUUUCUGCUAUUCUGCCCCUGAAACACCUUUGCAUCUUUUUAUGGCCUGUGACUAUGCGAAACAAGUUUGUUUUUCUUCUCCCCUGGGUUUCCGUUUUGAAGCCGAUAGGGACUUGUUGGUUUGGUUGGAUUCUGUUCUUAGCUGUGGCCUGAGAGGUUGGAGAGGUGGUGAGAGAAUUCAACAGGGUUUUCCUCUAGACCGUCCAAAGAAUCAGCCUUCGCCCUAUUCUAAGGUUGUUUCUCUUGAUUCCAAGACUACGUUGGUCCAAACUGAUGCAGGCUGUUUUAAUGAUGGUUUGGUUGCCAUGUGGUGUAUUAUCAAGGAUAGAGAGCAAGAUAUUUUGGUAGCUACAAUCAAGUGUGAGCAUCUUCAUGUGUCCCUUAGUGUGGCGGAAUCGUUGGAGAUAAAGUAG